UGAUUUUUUUUCCCUAGGAGGUCACUGGCUGCGGUGUCUCAGUCUCGGAGAGAGUGUGUCUAUACAUCUCUCUAAUUUCCUCGCUUGCUGUGGGUGCUUCUGUCUUUUUUAUGAGUCUCAUACAGUAAGUCUGCUAAUGAAAUAGUAAGCAGCACCUUCUGACGCAUUCCACCCCCUAAACUUUACAUUAUCCGCGGCUCUCUGUUUGCUGGCUUUUUUUUUUUUAGUUUUGGGAAUUACAGCUCCCCGCACACCGCCAGGAAAUAGGAAAGAAGAAUUAGCAUGAGUAAUAAGUGAUUGUUAUUGUCCCCCUCCCGUCCCUAGUGAAGUUCUACAUAACCCUUUUUGCUGUAUGGUGCUGGAAGUGAAAGCCGUUCCUUAAACACACAUUGACACGGAAUUACAGAGUGGAAGAGAACAAGGAACUAUGAUGACGCUUAAAACCAAUGGCAGCUGAGUUGUCCCUACCAGGGAUUGCGUUAAGGUACAAAUCAUUUGUAAAUGUAGGUCAAUGAAGUUGGAAAACAAGUUUGGAAGAGAAUUUGCAGAGGUGGGGACUUAGCCACACUUUGUCCAGAUGUUAGUAAGAGCUGCAGACACAGCUGCCCCCUUUUUUCUAAUCCUGAUUGUGUGCCAUGCUGCUAGGAAGAGCAGUACAGAAUUCUGCACUGUAGUUACUGAACUGAGCUAUAUUCUUAAAAGACAGAAUACAGAAGACUGCAUUCAUUGGGAAACAAAAGAAACCAGCUGAUAUUGUGGAGUACACUUAUUCCAAACCCCAUACGCUUGAGGUGGGGCUAAGAUGAGCAUAACAAGUGACGAAGUGAACUUCUUGGUGUAUCGCUAUCUCCAGGAAUCAGGUUUCUCCCAUUCUGCCUUUACAUUUGGUAUUGAGAGUCACAUUAGUCAGUCCAACAUCAACGGAACAUUAGUGCCACCUGCUGCCCUUAUCUCCAUACUUCAGAAAGGCCUGCAGUACGUUGAAGCCGAGAUCAGUAUCAAUGAGGAUGGCACAGUGUUUGAUGGCAGGCCAAUUGAGUCAUUGUCCCUUAUAGAUGCUGUAAUGCCUGAUGUUGUACAGACCAGACAACAAGCAUUUCGAGAGAAGUUAGCACAGCAGCAAGCUGCAAUCACUGCAGCCACUACCAACGCAACAACUACUGCCACAGCCACUACCACCACCGCCACCACCACCAAUGCUGCUCCACAAAAUACACCAAAGAACAGCGACACCACUGUGAAUGGAGAGAAGGUGCCACAUGUACUGACUAAUCAUUCAGUGGCCAUGGAAAUCGAUGGAGAAGUUGAGAUUCCUUCCAGCAAGGCUACAGUCCUACGGGGUCAUGAAUCUGAAGUUUUCAUUUGUGCCUGGAAUCCAGUCAGUGACUUACUAGCUUCAGGGUCCGGAGAUUCAACAGCCAGGAUAUGGAACCUUAAUGAGAACAGCAACAAUGGUCCAACACAGCUAGUCCUGCGGCACUGUAUAAGGGAAGGUGGACAAGAUGUGCCCAGUAAUAAGGAUGUUACAUCACUUGACUGGAAUAGUGAAGGAACUUUGCUAGCAACAGGGUCAUAUGACGGCUUUGCAAGAAUAUGGACAGAAGACGGUAACCUUGCAAGCACUUUAGGACAACAUAAGGGUCCCAUAUUUGCCUUGAAAUGGAAUAAGAAUGGAAACUAUAUUCUGAGUGCAGGUGUUGAUAAAACAACAAUUAUCUGGGAUGCACACACGGGAGAAGCAAGGCAGCAGUUUCCUUUCCAUUCAGCUCCUGCUUUAGAUGUGGACUGGCAGAACAACACUACCUUUGCCUCCUGUAGCACUGACAUGUGCAUUCAUGUAUGCAGACUUGGCUGUGACAGACCAGUAAAAACGUUCCAAGGACACACGAAUGAAGUGAAUGCUAUCAAAUGGGACCCUUCUGGCGUGCUGCUAGCAUCCUGCUCCGAUGACAUGACACUGAAGAUUUGGAGCAUGAAACAAGAUACGUGUGUACAUGAUCUUCAAGCUCACAGUAAGGAAAUAUACACAAUCAAAUGGAGUCCCACUGGCCAAGGUUCAAACAAUCCAAAUGGUAACGUCACGUUAGCAAGUGCUUCAUUUGAUUCCACAGUUCGUUUAUGGGAUGUUGAUCGAGGGACUUGUGUUCAUACAUUAACAAAACACCAAGAGCCAGUGUACAGUGUUGCCUUUAGUCCUGAUGGAAAAUAUCUAGCCAGUGGCUCCUUCGAUAAAUGUGUUCAUAUAUGGAAUACACAGAGUGGGUCUCUUGUGCACAGUUACAGAGGAACUGGGGGAAUCUUCGAAGUAUGUUGGAAUGCCAGAGGAGACAAAGUAGGAGCAAGUGCAUCUGAUGGCUCAGUUUGUGUGCUUGAUCUUCGGAAGUAGAAGACUUCAUUUGUAACACAGUUAACUUGGAUUGGCAGUGAAUGCGCAGGUGGCAGUACUCUACAUCACGAAGUAACAGCUCCAAAACUGUAUGAACAGGACAAGGUUAGAGCGAAGCAUAAAAAAAAGUCAAAAGCCACUGGAUUCCAACUUGUCCGUUAUUUUCACUGAAGGGGAAGGAAAGCAUGGUUGUACGGACAGGAUGGACUAGAAUGGAAAGGGUCAUAUAAAAUGCACCUUCCUGCUUUGGGAAGGUACAACAAAGUUCUCCCCUGCAUUGCUGAUUCCUUUCAUGGACGUAUUUUGACGAUGACUGAGAAAUCGGUGCCAAAAAAAAAAAAAAAAAUGCAAGGGAGAUGAAAGUAAAUGCUGUGAUGAACCAAAAGGAGGGUGACUGUGCCAUCCUCCAUGUGUUUUAUCAUUCUGAUUUGGACACUACACUUGCUUCUUCAAAUAGACAGUGGUUAGUAACACUGCCAUAGUGUCGAUUGUUUCUUUGUAACCCAUACUUUUCUAUUUUCUAUUCUCUUUUAUGCUUCAUAAUAUUUGAUUGGCUGGAGACUAGUUCAGUUCGAGAGGCCGGCCACAGUUGUGAAUCUAAAUGACAUGUAUCUUGUUUCCAUCUGAGACACUGUAACAGAAUUUACAUAAGUGAAACAUUAAAAAUGUUUUUGUUCACAAUUUUGGUGUCUUAAGAGCACUUCAGUUGUAUGACAAGUGCUUUGGAAGUGCUGUGACAGCUUUAUACAGGAGAAGAUGAAUUUUAAGAGAACGCCCAUUGUAUUUUUGAAAAUAAAAUAUUUUUGUGUUAAACCACAACUCUGAGAGCCUUUAUGGCUGUCAUAUAUCAUCUGGUUUCUUUCACUCUUUGAAGGAGGGGCCGCCUGUGUAUUUUACACCUUUAAAGAUGCAGUAUCCAGUAAGCUUUUCUAGUAUUGUAAAGUAAAAGGGCAGUAUGUUUCUUUGGCUGUGCUUGCAAGUUUAUCCAUUUUAAAUUAAGCAGAUUGAAUAACUGUAAUCCCUUUUGUGGGGAAUUCUAGGGUCCAUCUUUAGUUAGUUUCAGCUCAGUUCUUGAACUCCUUUAUCACAGUGCACAGGUUUAUGAAGUUGUGAAUGUUCUAGAAGUUGUGAACAACCUCAAAGUAACCCUUCUGAACAACUUCAUGUUAAAAAAAUGUACUAGAGUCUGGUAGUAAUGUAGUGCAAGCUGGUAUAAAUGUAAUGUUUCUCUAUCUGCUGCACAGUAUGAUCAGAAUUAUGAUCGUUAUCUGAGCACUGAUAAUCCCAUAUUAGAAAUAUUUGUAUAUAACAAGUAUCUGUGUAUGUGCACAUAUGUUUGCUCAUACAUAUACAGAAUUUUAAUGUUUCAGGAAUUUUUUAAUUCAACCUUCAGUAUGCCUUAAUGGUAAUGCAUUUUCAUUCAGUUUUCAUGCAGACAGUAUUGUUAUAUGUAUUAUCUGUAUCCCCAUAGCUCUGUGACUGUACAUGUCCCAGGAUCCCCUCCUCCCUAUCUCCUAAAGUGGACUGCAUGGGAAGAUGGGCUAGUUCUUGAGCAGCAUUAUUCUUGGCACUUUUGUAAGAAUUGCAGUGUAUUGCUAAUAUCCUUCUCAUGACGGUUAAUGAGUGUGCCCCAAAGCGUGUUUUCCAGUAGUGACUCACUGGUGUUUGCUUGCUUCUGUGUAUAAACUUAGGUCCAGGUACAGCCAAAUCACCUAUCCUCAGUCCUGUUGCUACUACAUCACCUAGUCUUCAGCAUGUGGUAGUCAGGCAAUGGGCAUAAAUUACUACACCUGGAAUGAGUAAGGCAAACUUGAGUGCUCAUUGCUGUAUCCCUGGCUGAGUCUCUAGCAUUCAGACCUUCUACUGAAACCAUAUUUGCUGGAACUGCAGUCAAGUCUCCAUCCCUGUAUGCCACUGAGCUGGCUGGCCUACAGGGAGUCAGUGUAUUGACUGUGUCUGCAUAAACUUCUGCUGAAGUCUACCUUAAUUAUAUAAAGGGAGAAUCCAGAGUCAGAAACAAGUGCUAUAGCAGGCAUAUAUUAUACAGACUGGCACGUUCUAUAGAAAUGUUGAAACUGAAGUAAUUUGCAGCAUAUGCACUAUUCAUAUGAAUACACGUGUUAUAUGCACUCUAAGCAGGUUACCUAACUGUGCCAAAGUGUGACUGCAUAUUUUACCUGGCUGUCUUCUAUGCAUCUUUUUUUUUGUUUUGUUUUUUCCCCUAAACCUACAUUAUUCUUUUUCUGUUUCAGAAAUAACUAGUAAUCUUAUGGCAGAAGCAGACAUCCACUGAGAUACCUGUUUUCUAAAGCUCCUAUAGCUUAGCUGAUUAUAACUUCGAGUCCCAGCAGCCAUUGUAUUACAUCUGUGGUAUGAGAGUCCAGAGUCCAUUUUAACUGAAAACAUGCAGUUAUCAAGUAAAUGUUAUUUUUGUUUCCGUUUUCACAGGAGCAAAAUGCCACUCAUAAUAGCCAACCAUUUAGUAAACUGCAGUUUGCAAACUCAGUCUUUGUUUCCAGCAUAUAAAACAGUUUUGCACAGUCUAUACCAGGCUUUUGUGAAAAAAAUGUUCCAUUACAGGUGUUGAAGUUGUACUUGACUUUAGGUGUAAUGGCUUAGUGCUCUAAGUGCAGCAGGCUUAGUAUGCCUUUGUAGCUGUGUUCUGCAUGUAUCUUUCCUUACACAGGCAGUUCUCCAUAUGCAUAGGUAAGAUAAUGGGAGAGAAAUAAUGCCCAAGUGGUAGAACUUCCAUUGUUAACCUGAAAUUCGCCUCCCCACAGCCACUCUCUCGGGUAUCUCAUUGUACAGCACAAAAUAACAGAUAUUUGUACUUAGUUACUAGCAGAUAAAAUUAAAUGCUGUGUGGGAAGUCUUUGCCGCAAGAAGUUAGUAUGUGGUACUUAUAGGUAGUGCUGAUUGUUUCAGUGUAUGAGACACACUGCACAUCUCAUUAGAGUAUGUUGUAAUGUCUUGCAGAAGUUAGUGUUAAAGCUUAUGAGUACAAUUCAGAGUACUGUGAAUGAUUUUUGUGGUGCUGUGUUGUGACAAUUCCUGACCAAGUGCUUGGAUUUAAUGGAGGUCGUGUUUGGUUCAGGGAAUUAUUUAAGGCAGUGAGCUGCGAGUAAGUUGUAGCCUACAGAUCUGGGUUUAUCUACAGAUUUGCUUGAAUACUACAUGUCUCCAACCAUUAUAUUUCAACAGCCAUUUUUCCUGUAUCAUCACCAAAAAUAGCUGCUUGUUCUUGUUAAACCUUAAGAAGUUACCAAAUAUUCAAAAGAAAGUGAUUGGAGUGGGGAGUUUUGUAUGAAACAGCUGAAGAACAACAAAUGGGGGAAGAUGAAAUGUGAGGAGCAGGUACAUGGACCACAUUUUGAACCAGUUUUAACUGUUGUACUUCACUCAGUGUAUUGUGUGGAGAAAGAGGGUGUGGGAAACAAUACACAACAGACAUCUACAGCAUAUAGACAGUUAAUCAACUAUCGUAUCUUUUGCCUUGAAUCUCCUGAGUUCAUCGAUGUUAUUGUUGGAUCUGCUGUGUUCUGCUGUAUAUUCUUGAGGUAGAAGAGCAUAGUUGUACUUCUUUGUCACCGUUUGUCUUUAACAGUAACACAUGGUAACCCUUCAGAAAAGACAAAGCCAUAUGUUUGACAACACGUGAGUAUUUUUGGAUUGUACUUAUGUUUAGCAAUGUUAGUAGAGAUCAUUUUGGACCUACGAUUUUUUAGGUAGUUUUAGGAUUAAAGUUGGGGACAAGAAGCAUUCACAAAAGUCAAGGAGUAAGACUGGUGCAUAUGGAAUGCAGUACUGUGCUUCAGUUUCUUAGAAGUGGGAAGAAGGAGCAAGUAAAUCUGCACUCAAGUGCAAUUUCUAUCCAGCUAAAUUACAAAGUAUUUUAGAAAUUAAACUUGACAUCUGAUAAGUUGUGUACUUGAUGAAAGGAGUGCAUUUCAUUCAAGACUAAUAAAUUAGGGUGCUGUGAGGACUUGCCCCAGUAGGAACUGUGAUCUUAUGCUUGCUGUCAUAUUUGCUACUAAGAUAUUUUGAGUAAUAGAGCAAGUUACUAGAGAAAAGAUCAUAAACAUUAAAGGGGGUGCACACAGCUAUUACCAUGGAAAUUGAGAUCAUUUGUGUACACAUAUAAUCAAGAGUAUCCGUAGAGAAAAUGUUUCUUCUAGCAGGGUUUCUCCAAAGAAUAAUUUGACAUGUGUAGGAAUGAAGUUAACAUGUGUCUGUUGCUUUAUAAAUUGGGUUUCCUUUCUCAUUCCUCUUUUAAUCCUCCGUGGUCACCAUGCUAAUGCAUCUGAGUGAGUUAAAAUUGAAUUGCAAGAGAUUGAUUACUCUGUGUAUGUUGCAGUGCUGCAUUGGUUAUUUUUGAGUAAAUUUGCUCGAUCCAGCAGCUCUUCAUGGGUUUGACCAUGAAACCACAUAAGGUGUCUGUUAAUCACUGACAGGAUCUGGUGCCAUUUAGGAGCAUGGAACCAUGUGAACAGGUAAAGACUGCACAUGUGGUAUAUAGAAAUAAAACAAGCUUACAUAUCCUAGCUACAGUGUUGCAAAAUCAAAGCUCAUGUUAUCAUUUUUAGUAUAAUAAAAACAAACCAUGAUAGCUCCUCUUGGAAGUAUUACAUUCAUGGAUAAGAUAUCUUUAUCCCUUGAAGUAUCUAGCCUAAGUAACAAGAAGCCAGUGCUGUGUGUGUGUGUGUGUGUGUGUGUGUGUGUGUGUGUGUGUGUGUGUGUGUGUGUGUGUGUGUGUGUGUGUGAGAAAACCCACACAAGAAACAGAAACUGAGUUAACACUUUGUACAUUACAGAUAUUUUUUCUGUUGCAAAGUUAGCAAGCUUUUCACUGCAUCCUGUAUUGUCAAAGAUAUCAACACUGACAAAUAUGUAUCAUUUUCCAGCUGUUGGAGGAAUUUCCUGCAGGUAAAAAUGAAUACCAAAUUGUAGACUCUGAAACACUGAAUGGAAAGGGACAGAAAAGUUUUCUGUAUGAAUACUGCAUCUUUAACCCCAAUAAGCACUUGCUGGGAGUGGGAUGGGAUAAUAAAAGGGACAGACAUCUGCAGAGUUAAAUGCACACUAACUCCAUGUGUUUUAAGUCCCUCUUUUUUGAAUGAUUAAUGCUAAUUUUUUAGAGCCAAGCGAAAGUGCACUUUGUCAAUGUAAGAGUCUGUUUUUUUUGUUUUUGUUUUUGUUUUUUUUUCUUUUGUCUCUGUUUAAAAAUGUGGUUAUUGUUACAUGCACAACUGUUUGUUCAUUCACUGGAGUCUUUACUGGCUUUUGCUAUUUUCUGUUGUCUAUGUCAAAUUUUAAUUCAAGCAUUUAUUUGUUCUUUCAGUAUUUCUAGGGUUCAGUGUAGAAGAUCACCACCAUCUCCAAACCUCUUUUGUUUCAUUGUUCUACACACUGUGAUGUAGCUCAUUUGUUUAAAAGGAGAGAAUCAUCAGAUCCUACCCAGUGUCUUGAAUAAAUUGCUAUAUUUUGAUAUUGGA